GCAGACGUUCAAACCAGCGGCUUGUGCGCUGGGUCUGCCUGCUUUUAGCUCUCGUACUUCUGUUAAAGGCUGAUUCCUCACCAGAUGGGAUAUAUUCCUCCCUUCACAAUCGCCUGUGCACCCGGUUUGCACGCUCGGAUAUAGUGGAAAAUGAUUUCUGGAACCGGAGAGAUGUGCAGACGUCUCUCUCAGGACACGGUUCGCAUUUAGAAUAACUUUGGCCGCCGGUUCCUCCGCGGUAGCGAGUCUAGAUUGCGGUAGCGAUGGAGAGGAAAGUUUGCGGGAGCCACUGCAAGAAGAACCAGGCAGACUGGGAAAAGGCGUGCGGCGGGCAGCCAUACGCCGCCGGUGUGUGGAUCUCCGGUCCCGGCGGCGGUCGGCGAUCUACAUGCUGCGAGACGCCGAUGGAGAGAGAAGAAGGGGAAGAAAAGAGCGAAACUGACGACACGGGUGAAGAGGAAAUUCCGGACAGCAAAGAAACGCAGGGAUAUACAGAGGAGGAGGACAACGAAGACGAAAUGCUGGAUAACAUCCUGUAUCCUCCCUCCGUUCCGUUCCGGAAGUCGAGCAGCCCGGAGCUGUCGUGUGGCUUGGGGAUCGCCCAGAAGUUCAAGCGCCAGCUUAGCGAGGACGGGAAGCACUUGAGGCGGGGAAGCCUCGGGGGGGCGCUGACGGGGAAGUACUUGCUGCCUUAUGCCUCUCCCCAGCUGGCCCCCACCAUGGAGACCUCCAACCUAGUCCGCAUGCGCUCUCAAACCCUGGGCAAGUCUGCCCCGUCCCUCACCGCCAGCCUGAAGGAACUGAGCCUUCCACGAAGAGGGAGUUUCCUCACUCCAAGAAGUUUGAGCCCAACUCCCACAAGCCCUUGCAGUCCAUGCAGCCCGCUGCACGCUUUUCAUUUCUGGAGCUGCCGGACGAGCAACAGAAAGAGCCUAAUAGGAAGCAGCCAGCCCUCGGCUCUCCCGCGGCCCCACUCGCCGCUCUCCGCACACACAGGAACCAGUCCCCAGGAUAGCCCCCGGAACUUCUCGCCCAGCGCUUCUGCGCAUUUCUCCUUCGCACGCAGUCAUGGCCACAGACCUGACAGGACCGAUGGCCGGCGCUGGUCCCUGGCCUCACUCCCGUCCUCUGGUUAUGGGACGAACACGCCCAGCUCCACCGUUUCGUCAUCCUGUUCAUCACAGGAGAAGCUGCACCAGCUGCCGUUCCAGCCCACUGCAGACGAGUUGCACUUCCUGUCCAAGCACUUCUAUACGGAAAGCAUCACCGGGGACGACAGGCGGAGGGCUAUGCCCAUGCGCCCGCGCUCUCGGAGCCUGAGCCCUGGAAGGUCUCCGUCUUGCUGUGACAAUGAGAUCAUUAUGAUGAACCAUGUCUACAAGGAGAGGUUUCCUAAGGCCACCGCUCAGAUGGAGGAAAGGAUCCAGGAGAUCAUUCUACACAACUCCCCGGAGAGCGUGCUGCCCCUGGCUGACGGGGUCCUUAGCUUCGCCCACCAUCAGAUCAUCGAGCUGGCCCGCGACUGCCUGGAGAAGUCACGCCAAGGCCUCAUCACUUCCCGCUACUUCUGCGAACUCACCGACAAGCUGGAGCGCCUCUUCCAGGAGUCCACGGAGCGCUCGGAAAGCGGGGAGGUGGCCUUCAUCAAGGAGCUCGUGAAGAAGAUCCUCAUUGUCAUCGCGAGGCCUGCACGGCUUCUUGAGUGCUUGGAGUUUGACCCUGAGGAGUUUUAUUACCUUCUGGAGGCAGCAGAGGGCCAUGCCAAAGAGGGCCAGGGCAUCAAGACAGACAUCCCACGCUACAUCAUCAGCCAGCUUGGCCUCACCCGCGACCCUUUGGAGGAAAUCGCACAGCUGGCCAGCUAUGACAGUGGGAUAGCAGAGACCCCGGAGACCGAUGACUCGUCUCAGAGCCUCAGCGCCGCCUUGAGGUCUCGACGCAAGCCUUGCGAACCCGACUUCGAGAUGAUGAAACUCAUCAGCAAUGGCGCAUACGGAGCCGUGUACCUGGUGCGGCACAAGGAGUCUAAACAGCGCUUCGCCAUGAAAAAGAUCAACAAGCAGAACCUGAUCCUGAGGAACCAGAUCCAGCAGGCCUUUGUGGAGCGUGACAUCCUGACCUUUGCCGAGAAUCCCUUCGUGGUCAGCAUGUACUGCUCCUUCGAGACGCGCCGGCAUCUCUGUAUGGUCAUGGAGUAUGUGGAAGGGGGCGACUGUGCCACCCUACUGAAGAACAUGGGGCCACUGCCCGUGGACAUGGCCAGGAUGUACUUUGCAGAGACUGUCCUGGCCCUGGAGUACCUCCACAACUACGGCAUCGUCCACCGGGAUCUGAAGCCAGACAAUUUGCUGGUGACAUCCAUGGGGCACAUCAAGCUCACUGACUUCGGGCUGUCCAAAGUGGGCCUGAUGAAUAUGACUACCAACCUGUACGAGGGCCACAUCGAGAAAGACGCCCGCGAGUUUCUCGACAAGCAGGUGUGCGGGACGCCCGAGUACAUUGCCCCCGAGGUGAUCCUUCGACAGGGCUACGGCAAGCCAGUGGACUGGUGGGCCAUGGGCAUCAUCCUGUACGAGUUCCUGGUGGGCUGCGUGCCCUUCUUCGGGGACACGCCUGAGGAGCUCUUCGGCCAGGUCAUCAGCGAUGAGAUCAACUGGCCUGAAGGGGAAGAGGCCCCGCCCCAGGAGUCACAGGACCUCAUUACCCUACUGCUGCGACAGAACCCUCUGGAACGCAUGGGUACAGGUGGCGCCCAUGAGGUCAAACAGCAUCAGUUCUUCCACAACCUGGACUGGAACAGCCUGCUGAGGCAGAAGGCCGAGUUCAUCCCGCAGCUCGAGUCAGAGGAUGACACCAGCUACUUCGACACUCGGUCAGAGAGGUACCACCACCUCGAGACGGAGGAAGAGGACACCAACGAUGAGGAUUUCAACGUGGAGCUCCGUCAGUUCUCGUCCUGCUCGCACCGCUUCUCCAAAGUGUACAGCAGCCUGGACUUAUCCCGUGGGCAGCUGGAGGAGAAGAGCGAGCUCGAGGAGAAGGUGCCUAAUGAGAGCCCUGUGAAUGCAGACUCUCUUAGCUGGACGCCAGAUUUCACAGACAUGCCCUCCUUGUCCCAGUCGUCAGACACGCAGAACACAAGUCUCAGUAAGCUCCCCAGGUUUGCUAUCUCGGCUGAGGAGGAAAAGGAAUCCCCUGGACGAGGAGACCCUAGCAAGGUGACUUUCACCAUCGGGGGGCCGCCACAGGAAGAGCCUGAUGCCACCACGCCAGAUGCCCUCAGUGGCUCGACGCUCUCUGGCAGCUUCUCAGAACAUCUGGACCAGCUUCACUCUCAGGCCGAAGGAGCGGAGAGUCCUGAUAACUGUAAAUCAGCAGCAGAGCUGGGGGCCCAUUCUACCGAAGGGGCAGAGAAGCAACCGAAAACCACCAGUAAGGUGCCGAAAUCUGUGUCUGCCAGCGCCCUCUCGCUCAUGAUCCCGGGAGAUGUGCUUGGGGCAUCACCCCUCUGCAGCCCCCUAUCCCCCUAUUCGCUUUCCUCGGAUCCAUCCUCCAGAGACUCCUCUCCCAGCCGAGAUUCCUCGCUGUGCACCAGCAGCCCUCAGCAGCCAAUCAUCAUCCACAGCUCUGGGAAGAAGUUUGGCUUCACAUUGAGGGCCAUUCGGGUGUAUGCCUGUGACAGUGAUGUCUACACGGUCUACCACAUGGUCUGGAAUGUGGAGGAGCGUGGUCCAGCUCACUCAGCUGGUCUAAAGGCGGGUGACCUCAUCACACAUGUCAACGGGGAGUCCGUGCAUGGCCUGGUACACACAGAGGUGGUGGAGCUCUUGCUGAAGAGUGGGAAUAAGGUGGCCAUUUCGACAACCCCAUUUGAGAACACCACCAUAAAGACUGGACCAGCCAGGAGAAACAGCUACAGAAGCAAGAUGGUACGGAGGACGAAGAAGCCCAAAAAAGAGAAGACCCAGGAAAGGCGGAGGUCACUGCUCCGGCGCUUCACCAUGCAGCCCUCUCCCCUCCUACACACCAGCAGGAGCUUCUCCUCCCUUAACCGCUCGCUAUCCUCUGGUGAGAGCCUGCCUGGCUCCCCCACCCACAGCCUGUCGCCCCGCUCACCCACGGCAGCCUUUCGCUCCACCCCUGACUUCAACCAGUCCGGUGGAACUUCAUCCCAGAGCAGCUCUCCCAGUUCCAGUGGCCCCAAUUCGCCCGCGGGCUCCGGCCACAUCCGGCCCAGCACGCUGCACGGCCUGGGCCCCAAACUGCCGGGCCAGCGGCUUCGGCAGGGCCGCCGAAAAUCUGCAGGCAGCAUCCCGCUGUCCCCUUUGGCUCGUACACCUUCCCCUACUCCCCAGCCCACCUCCCCUCAGCGCUCACCUUCCCCAUUGCUCAGUCACUCGCUGGGUAGCUCCAAAACAACCCAGGCCUUCCCUGCCAAAAUGCACUCUCCCCCCACCAUCGUCCGCCACAUGGCACGGCCCAAAAGCGCAGAGCCCCCCCGCUCGCCUCUCCUCAAAAGGGUCCAGUCAGAGGAGAAGCUCUCCCCAUCCUAUGUGGGUGAUAAGAAACACUUGUGUACACGUAAGCACAGCCUGGAGGUGACUCAGGAGGAGGCCCAGGUGGAGCAGGCCCCCAAGGACCACACCCUGCAGAGUGUGGAGGAGACUUCCUGCGAGCCCCCAGCCGUCACGCGAGUGCGGCCGGCUGAGCAGGGCUGCCUCAAGCGGCCCAUCACCCGCAAGGUUGGCCGGCAGGAGUCUCUUGAAGAGCUGGACAAAGAGAAGCUGAAGGCGAAGGUCGUGAUGAAACGGCAGGACUGGCCAGAAAGGCGAGACUCACUGCAGAAGCAAGACACUGUCCCAGAACCCGAGGCAAGCUGCAUGCGACCCCUGGGCAGCCCAGAAACAUGCCUAUUAGACACUAAAGCACCAAGUGGUACCCUAAAAGAUGCACUGUACAAGAAACUAAACACACGUGUGUGUGAAGGCAUAAUUGACCUGUCAGGAAAGGGCAGCGACUCUGUGUCCAUCAUCAGCGAGGGUAUCAGGUCUCCCUCCACUUCUGGCCUUCAAGAAUGGAGCUCCCAGAAAGCAGAAAGGCAGCUGUGUAGGCAGGUCAAAGAGGGAGGCAAACCUGAGAGGUCUGAUUUCAAAGCACCUAACAUAGAGUUUGUUAGGAAGAAGCAAUCCUUUGAAGAGAGGGAGGACUGUAUGUGCAGGGGCCCUCCCACCAUUCACGAGGGCCUCCAUCUCACUGCCACGAGAUCCAAAAGCCUGCAGCUGGACUCCGGCAUUGUCCUGGGCCCAGGAAGUGCUGUGCUUACGGGUCCGUGCAUUGGCACCGAGGCACUAGCCCCCAAGCUGCUUUGCAGCAGGGGCGAGAGCGCCGUGGAAAAGCUCCAGAUGAUCUCGUCUACAGAGGGCCCAAUUCGGAAAACCACCUCAGAGUACAAACUGGAAGGCCGUCUUAUGUCAUCAUUAAGACCGCUGGAGGGCACCUUGGACAUCGGUAUGCUCUCCGGGCCGAGGGCUUCCAAAACCGACACCUGUCUUUCCAGAAUGGCAGACAGUCAAAGUAGCGGCAUAGCUUCUGGGGGCCCAGAGGGGCAGCUGAGUCGUGAGGAGAAGCCAAUCCCAGCCCAGCAACAGAAAUCCUCUGAGAGACAGAGGGGUACCUUUGGUGCGGCGAGCCAAGGAACCUCGGCAUUGCUCGGUUGUAAGAAUGUCAUCAAGGAAGAGUUCACCACUGAAAAAGUCAACAUUGUGCAAGCAGCGGUACAAUCCAGCAGCUCAAGUGACAAACCCCAGUCUGCAGACUUUAGUCGAGCAACUAAGACGGAGGUUUCAGAGUCCAAUGGAAAGUUUAACAUAAAAGCCAGUCCAGCUCUGGUACAUGAUUUGAGGGCUGCGCGCCCCAUUACGCAUACAUCAUGUGGAAGAACCCCUUCAAUCAGAGAGGCCAGCAAUGAAGAUCAGGAGGAUGAGCCAGAGAAACCUCAGCAAACGCUGCCUUUCAAGACUGGCAAAUCUGGGGAUGCUGCAAGCCAGUCCCCCAUACCCAAAAGUUCUAAGCCAGAAAGUCCCAAACAGACGGUUUCUGCCGAAAAGGUAGUGCCAAAAGUCACUUGCCCGACUGAAACAACAGCUGUUCUUCAGCAGCCAGAGCCAGUCCAGCAGAGUACUGCUACAAAAUUGGUUGACCAAGGUCAGAAAUGUGCUGAAAGAGAUCAGCAGUCUGCAUCACAGAGCUCCCAGUUGACUGCGGUAUCACAUGGCAGCAGCAGUGUGAAACGAUCAGCUGCCGAGCAGUCAUCAGAGCAGCCGAAACACAAAACAGUAGGUGGCCUUGCCAAGCCCGGCACGUCACAACGCUCCUCCUCAGUUUCGACCAUUAGUUCUACAGAUACUGUCCGGCUUGCUGGUCAGAAUCCACCUGAGCAGCCCCGCACCACCAAAGUUCAGAGCACAGAGAAGAUUCAGGCAGACUCUACCCCUUCAAAAGAAAGCAGUGUUUCUGUCAAUGUGUCAGGUGGGAAGGACAUCAGGAGCCCCAAGUGUGUUGCAGACAAAGUGGCUGAAGCCCGAGAGGCUGAUCCGAAAGGAGAAAUGAAAGACAGUAAAACGAAGGUUGUAAAAAUGGAUGCCGUACAGGGGUGUGAUCCAAAGAAGUUAGAAGCUGCCUUGGGCAGCCAGCUGGUCAUGAGCAUCAUGCCGAAGCAGAACUCUGGUCCUGGGGCGCCAAAAACGAAGUGCGAAAUGGCUAAGACUGUAGCGCCUGAACAAGAGUCACAGAAGCAUAGAGGAGCGGAGAAGGUUCAGCUGAAGCAGUUUGCCAGUAAGACCGAGAACCCUAGUAUGAAGAAGCACAGCGAAGUCAAAGCAGAACUAAUGUCCAGCUCCAUACACACGGGGAAGUUGUCACAAUCUGGCAUGGCUGCUGGAAAACAAGCUCCCCCCAACCUCCAACCAACCCUCAAAAGUAAGGCAAGAGCGGAGACUGUGCCUGUUUCACGUUCAGCUAACAAAGCAGAGGAGAAUUUAGGGAAUAAGUGUGAGGGGAAGAUUUCAGAGCCACCGGUUAAGGAAAGCCCAAGUUUGAAACCAAAAGAACAAGCUCCUCUUAGCACGAGACUGCAGACUCCAAAAGACCCAGCAAAGCACAGCAGCGUUCCUGUGACCUCCCCUUCUAGUGCUUCUCCUCCUGUGUUGCCCAUUCCAGCAGAGACGAGGAAGGAAGCACCAAGUCACAAAGAACCUCUUUCGGGCAAAGUCGGUAUCAGCAGCCAGGAUGAGAGGACUGUGCCUGUUCGUAGAGAGGAGCAGGGGAAGCAGCGCCCACAAGUGGCAAGGCAGGAGCUGCAGAGUCAGCCAGCCGACGCUACUGGGCCCAAUGCUGUGGUGAAAAAUGAAGUGAAAUGCUCAGUGUCUGAAACCCGGCCCAGAAAUUCGGAGAAACCGGUUUCCACAAGGCAAGACCCAUGUGAAAGUAAGAGAAAAGAAAGUGUUCCAGAGCAGACAUCUGUGGUGAAAAGUGGUCGCAAAGAUGUAACAAAGACAGUGGCUCCUGCAAGUGAUGGUGCUCCUUCAGAAAAGGAUUCUUCUGCCCGAUGCAAGGCGACCAAGGACCCAGUACGUGGCUCUUCCCACAAAAGGUCAUAGGAGAUGCCAGAGGCCUUGUGAGGCGGGAAGCAAGGCUAGCAGUUUCUGUUUGGUACACAGUAUCAUUUUUAAUUUGAAAAACUGUUUCAUUCCACAUGCCUUCUACUUUUGAGAACCGGCGAAGCUGUUACCGCAGUGUUUCAACAGCAUGGGAUGGAGGCGUGUCCAUGUGCGUCUGUGUGCAUUGGGCUGGUUUAUCAUGCUGGUGUCGUCUGCGUGUGUCCAUGUGUGUGUAAGAGAUUUGCACUGAAAACGAUCCACAAAGAAUAUGAAAUGUAAGAUUGAAUGUAAGUAUCCUAAUUUGCUGCUGAUUUCAAUAAUUCACCAAAAUAUUUUAUUUUUAAAUGUUUCUUGCUCUGUAGUCAUAAGAAGUACUCUUCAGUUGAGGGGAAAAAAAAGUAAAAUUGGUAUUUUUGGAAGAGGGUACAUGGUUUAUUUUCGUUGACAGUAGAGGUUUGUGCAAUCAGUAUGCCAGGGGUGUUUCGGGAAGGCUUUUCACUCUUAGAACACUUUCUGCCAAGUCGGGCAGUUCUGAUUAGCUUCAGUGCCAAUUAUAGUGAUCAAGACCCCCGAACCUAAGAACUGUGUAUCUGCAGGCUAGGAAAGGUUCGAUCUGGUUAGAUUCAACAAGGUAAUGUUUCUGUUCAUUGACAGCUCAUUUGCCUGCAAACUACUGCCCCCCCCCCACAACCAUUGUACCAUUGUCAGUAAAGGGGGAGGAAUAACUGAUUAUGUGCCAAGGAAUCAACAAAGGAGGAGAAAGAGAAUGUCACCAAAAUUAUUAGGGUUGGUUAGAGUUCUUGGUUUCUUCAUUUUCCGAGGGAGAGCAUAACUUUCCUUUUCUUUGUUUUGUUUUGGGUCGUGGUGCACAGAAGGCAUGCACUGAGUACUGUGCUUCUAACCUAGAACUAUUAGAUAUGGUUCUGAAGUUUCAUUGAGUCGUAUCUAUUGGAAGGGGCCUUAUGCUUUUGUGGGUAUUAAACCUGCUGUUUUUAGCAGGUUUGGGUGAAAAUCACAUUCCUUUCACAUACAUCUCUUUACAUUUCUAGAAGUUUAAUUUUUAUGCAAAAUACUGUAAAUAUGACAAAACUGUAAAAAAAUGGGAGUAAUGGGCUUCAAACAUGAGUGUUUGUUUUAUAUGUAUAUAUUUUAUUAGGUUAUAUGUUUGUAUACUUCAAGAUCUGUAAUUAGUUUGGUAUUGUUUUUGUCGGCUUUGCGGUUCCGUCUCAAAUAAGCUAAAGGCAGCACAUAUCUAAGAAAGGCAUAGGACAAGACAAGUAUCUCUCAAGUCUAAAAACCACACUAUGGGCUGUUUUUACUUGAAGCAAUGCAAAAUUAACAGCAGAUAAAAGGAUAAGUCAUUUGAUCGCACCUCGAAAAACAAGUGUGCUAUUCUGAAAUAAAAUGGUCAAAAGAGAUUUGCCAGGAUGUUGCCCUGUUAGCACUGUAAUGUAUAAUGAUACCCAUUUUGGAAGUGUCUUUACUAUAACCCCUGCUGUUGUCGCCCUAAACGUCUCCACAAAACACUGUGUAAUACUGUGGGACUGCAGAUUUUAUUUGCAAUUUCAAAUUAAAUUGUAGGAAAUGCUUCUGGGAAAUCAUUUUUUUCCUAUUCUAAAGUAUUUGGGGGUCGGGGAGGGUAGCGCGCUUGCUCCAAAGCAUAUACAAAAAAAUAUAUAAGAAUAAAAUGACCAGCUUCUGUAGUGCACUUCUAAUUUUUGGCAUGUGCGUAAAAGGCCUGUGUAGAGGCGUUCAGAACUGGCAGGACAAUCAGACAGGAGAGUUGAACCUUUUUCGUCCGUCCACGUGUUCUUUAAUUCCUGAAAUGCAAUAUUGCUGGGGGGAGCCAAAGUUUUGUUACAGAACUCCGACAAUGUGGAUAAUUAUUAUUAUUAUUGUUUUUUUGCUCAGUGCAAACUGUUAACUGCUCUUGGUCUAGAGAAAAGAAUACGCAUGCAGUACAUGUAACCUUCCUUGAUAGCGGCACACUUGUAGUUUAAGAUACAAGUUAACGGGGUAAUAAAAUCAGUUUCCUUUGUCUAGUUAUAUUAUAAAUAAUGUAACAUUUUUAGACACAUUUUAGUCCUGUCCUCAGCCUCUGACAUGCACACAGGGUUGGGUAAGCGAUGACAAGCGUUCCAAGUUUAUAUUUGUGCUAUUUUUUUUAAAGCUCAUUUUGUCAACCCAAGUGUAACGAUUCUCUGUAAACCAGCUAGAAAAUGAACAUCUCUGGCUUUUUCCCCUUUAAACAUGAUACAUGUGAUGUCCUGUGUAGAGUAGGUUGUUUUUUUAUUUCUCAUGAUGGAUGUCACUGAUUGCAAAAAAAAAAAAUGAAUUAGUUAUCCUUCAAGGCUUUAGGGGGGUAAUAUGAAACUUUGGUGUCGUAAACCUUUAUCCUCAGCCAAAUAGUAAGAUAACGUAAACAUUUAUACAUUAUAGUGCUUUCUUUAACAACUAAAUAUUUACUGUGUCUUAGAAUAUAUAUAUAUAUAUACUGUCCAACCAGAGAAAAAUAGCAUAGGUAUGCACAAUGUAUAAAUACCAUUCGGUGAUUACAGGCAUUUUAAAAUUUGAUAUUAAGAUCCAUUUUACUGUUCGUUUCAUUGGACAGAAGUUAGGAUAUCUUUACGUUUUACAACUUGUAUUCUAAAAGGCUGGGGACAAAAUGCACCUUAACACUCACCACCACCACCACCACGCCCCCCAGCUACAUGGAGUUCAACAUUUUAAGAAUAAACAUCAAUUUAGGAAAAACACAGGAAAGCAGCAUACAUAGAUGAAUCGCAGACGUUUGAGCAAUGGAGCACUUCCAUGGCACCUCCUACAAAGCUGACCAGUUUGAACCCUAAAAGCACAUUGUCUGUUUACAGAUGCUUCAUGGAUGUAUAUUUUAUAUAUUGUCUUUAUUCAUUUGCCAAAACUGUGUGCUGCAUCACAGAUUGUAUAUGGUAAUAGUGUAGUGUUUGCCUCAUCUUCCCUGCUGUAAAAGACUGUUGUCCUAUAUGAUAGCCAGUUCAAGUCUGUGUAAACAGUUUGUCGAGUUCUCGAUGGCUUUCGCAUUUUUUUUUUUGUUUUGUUUAUUUUUUUUUCCUUCCCCUGUGAACUAAGUAUUAGACAUAAAUGCUUAAGAUUUGUCUUUAGGAUAUGUGCAAUAAAAGUGUUUGCAUUUUGUAUUUCACCCAUGGAAAGCUCUGUGGAUGUCAUAGAUGUAUAUUAAACAGAUAUUUAUACUUCUAAAGUUGCAUAACACUAAAAAUAAAAAGCAUGGCAAGAAUCUUAA